CUGCCCUAUGUACGCCCACCCCAGCAGCUCAGGGUUUGUUUACUUUGCGACUCGCGGGCCACUCACGUCGCAAAGCGCGCCACUCUUUUCCGACAACCCAUCUCUCCCAACUUUGCAUUUCCACAACCUCAGCUUGAUCACUCGACCUGAGCAAGACUCCGCAGGCUCCCUAAGCGAACAACUAUCCAGGGCCGAAUUCGCACAUAAUCAGCGCUGCUUUUACCGCGCGAGUCAAACCGCGAGUGCAACCGAUCGACAGCAGGGAAGCGCCAAAUCCCUUCGACAGCCCCAUGUCCAGUGAGGAGCAGUACUCGGUCGAAAUGGCGAGUCAGAUGAUCCCAACAAAGGGCGCAAGUCCGAAAGCCCAAGAGAGUCCAUCAAAGCGGCAGAGGGUAGGAAUCACGCUUGCGCAGAAGCAGGCACUGAUCGACAACCUCCAACUCGAGAUUACCGAGCGCGCCCGCAAACUGCGAGCAAACUAUAACAUCCACGCACAGAGCCUUCGGACGCGGAUAGAAAUCCGGGUCAACCGCAUUCCGGUGGCCUUGCGUAAGCUCACAAUGGGAGAGCUGCUGGAGAAGUAUUCGGCGGAACCGCAGCAAAAAGCGAGCGCGACUACAAGCGCUGUCAGGGGCCCGCCCGUGCCUGCGAAGGAUCCGGCACCGUCGCGGCCUCCGGUGCGGCCCAUGGCGCUAUCCUCUUCCCGUCAGGGUAAAAGACCAAGUCACGAGAUCUCGGGCGGAGACAAGGAGAACGAAGUCCAGACCCCUCAGAAGAAGAUGCGCGCCGACCCUGCGAUAAGUAACGCCCGCAACCCCGGCCAGGUCCUGUCGCCAGCAACUUCCAACUCGCGGGUCGCACCCCGGAGUGUCGCGACCCCAGCUCGGCCGGGCAUGUCACGCCCCGCCGUCACGCCGGGCCGAGUGGCGGCGGCCAGCAGCAUCCUCAACAAGGUGGUCGAGGGCACGCGGUCAACAGCACGCCCCGCCACAGCGACAGGAAGAAAAACGACAGCCUCCGCCGCCGCGAGCAGCCUGGCAAACAGCACCAUGACCACCUCCACCACCGGUGCCGGCGCCGGCACCGCCGGCGCGGGCACAGCCGCAGCAAGACGAAAACGAGGCGCAACGGUCACGGCGGCCGUGCACCCCCCCGCAUCGAGACCUGCCACGCGCACGGCAGCGCGGCGAGCUAGUGGCGCCAGCGAGACCAGCGAAGGCAGCGCCUCGACGGUGGUGAGGAAGCGGCCCAUGACGGCGCCGCCGGGGGCGCAGCCGAAGCUGCCCCCGACGACGACGACAGCGCAGGCCAAGCGCGCGGUCGUGGGCACCGUCAAGAAGGGCGUGGCGGCGGCGGGCAACACGACGAGGAAAGCGCCCGCUGCACCUAAGGCGGCGGCGCCGGCGGCUUCUGCAGCUGGCGGCGCGAGUAGUAGUAGUAGGGUGUUGAGGAAGCGAGUGUAAUGGGGGUCGGGAGGCUGACAGCUUAGCCAUGGGUGUUUGUUUUGGGUGUUGUGGGUUAACUUCGUUGGGGUAUUGUGUGGGAAUCUGGGCGAUCAGUCGCGUUGCAUGGAUUGGCGUUUGUUGGGUGACCUAGGUUUGCAACGGGUCUUCGGGCGUAGUCUACGGAAAUUGGUU